GAACACGUUCAAACAGUACGAAUUAUAUAUAUAAUGAUUUGAUGAACAUUGCGAUUGAACAUCGCGUAGAGAGAGAAAUGCCUCAGCCGAGCAAAGAACCCUGCAAGAAGGAGGCGUGUGACAUUCAAGCUUGUCUCUCCAAAAAUAACUUUCUUCCUCACAAGUGCGUCAGGGUUAUUCAACUAUUGCAGUAUUGCUGUGAAAACUGCAAUUACAAGUCAACACACUGUGCUUCUGUUUCUGACCUCUUAAAGCAAAUGCCUAAGCCCAAAGGCCAGAAAUCUUGAUCCAAGUCGAGCCAGAUGUAAUUCAGUCUAGACGUAACAAACUAAAUUAGGUGUUUACUUAUAACUCAAGCCAACAUAUUAUGGGAUGGCACAGCCAAUGCUGGACGCUGAAUUCUGCUAGUUUUGCAAAAUAGUGCAGAUGGAAGAGAUGAGGCCAGAAAACCAAAAUCUUUGAUAGAUCAACAUGAACUAAUGCUAAUGAUGUUACCAUUUCUUCACAAAGCCAUCAACUUGCAAAUCAACCUUUAUGUCCACUCUCUGUUCUCUAAUAAAAUAUUUCUCCAUAUGUUUAACUAUGAUACCAGUCGGACAUUAAUUUUGGCCCUUUUCCAUUUUGCAUCUUCCGAUUUUGAUACAAAAAUUACUUGAAAGGAUUGAUUGAACUUGAAUGAUUCCCU